AUGGACACCAGCAACAUAUUUCACCCCAGCUUGGCAGCAACGAUCAUGAAGCUGGAUCCAGAAGAUGGUGAGCAGAUCAUGGAGUAUUUACAAACUCAAGCUCUGCUGACCAGAGAGAAAGCACUCCUGCAGGCGUCAGUCCGAGAGCAGAAGAAGCUGCUGGUGGAAAACGGGAAACUGAAGAAAGACAUCGAGCAGCUAAGAGUUCAGCUGCAGGAGAAACAACGGAGACGCGUCGCCAAGACUCUGUUCUCCUCAGCCCCGCCUACUCCAAGUCAAGGCCCAGCCCCCCCAACACCUGCCACUCCCACAGGAGCUUCAGUCCCUUCCUCCUCUUCCUCACAUGAGCAGAGAGCGAGACAAGGGAGGAGGAGGAGAGGGGAGAGGAAAGCUCCUGCCACCUGUGAUGCUCUCGCUCUGAGGGUGGAGCCUCGUGUUGACGUGUCACGACUCGACCUGAGGGUGGGGCGGAUCCUGAGCGCCCGCAGUCACCCAUUGGUCGAGUCCAUGUCCAUCCAGGAAGUGGACGUGGGAGAAAACGCCCCCCGGAGGGUCGUCAGCAAACUGGGAGAGAAAACACAACUGGAGGAGCUCCAGGACGGACUCGCUGUGUUGCUAUGUAACGUGAAGGCCUGUAAGCUGAGGGGCGUGGUCUCCCAGGCUCGCCUCCUCUGUUGCUCCACCUCUGACGACUGCAUAGAACUACUGGCCCCGCCCACAGGCUCUGUACCUGGUGACAGAGUCACCUUCCUCAACUACCCCGGUGACUCGGACAGAGAGCUGCAGUCCAAACAGAAGGUUUGGGAGCUUCUUCAGCCCGACCUGCGGGUGGACAACAGGGGUGUGGCCAACUAUAAAGGCUGUGGGUUCGAGGUGAAGGGGAAGGGGCUGUGCCGGGCCCCCUCCCUCACCAACUGCACCAUCAAAUAGACACAAUGACGGCCCCAACUGAUAUAAAUCCCUAUAGGUCAAUGCUGUCCGCUCACAA